CAACACAGCACAACACAUAACCCCCUUAGCAGUAAAGACGAAAGUACCCUAACCUAUGUCACCAAUAUAAAUAAACCCACUCGAUCGCAUGUCAAACACCCAAUAUAUACUCAAAACUGAUAGAAAAUUCCAACAGCUUUAUAUAACUAAAAGACAUGGGAGGUUCAAGAACAGCUUCUUCAGACAUCGCUGCUUGGUGUUCUGCUGUUGUGUUGCUGUCUUUAAUACUUAUGUUAUCCGUUCGAGAGAACAACGCUUCUAAUGAUUCGGUCAGAGGGUUUCAGUUCUCAGAGAAACCUUGUGAAGAAAUCUACGUUGUCGGAGAAGGAGAAACACUUCACACCAUCGGAGAUAAAUGUGGCGACCCGUUUAUAGUUGAGCGAAACCCGCAUAUCCAUGACCCGGAUGAUGUCUUUCCCGGUCUUGUUCUCAGGAUCGCACCUUUUUACUUCUCUAGAAAAGUUUAAUAUAUAUACAAAAACGUUUUUGUUUCUUUUAAUUUUGUUUGAACCAUACUUUUUCCUUUGUAA